GCUGUGGAUCCCCCUCCUGUCAGGACCCCCUCUGGCCCCUCCGAGAAACAUGAACCGGAAAGACAGCAAAAGGAAGUCUCACCAGGAAUGCUCAGGGAAGGCAGGAGGGCGGGGCCGGCCUCGACAGGCCCGCCGCCACAAGACAUGCCCCACCCCCCGGGAGAUCAGCAAGGUUAUGGCGUCCUUGAACCUGGGAGUGCUGGGUGAGAGCAGCUGCAGCGAAGAGGAGCUUCUAGAGAAAUGCAUCCGGUCCUUCGAUUCAGCCGGCAGCCUGCGCCGCGGAGACCACUUUCUCAAGAUGGUCCUGACGAUGCACAGCUGGGUGCUGGGCUCCUCGGACCUCGCUGCCCGUCUGCUGACCUCGUACCAGAAGGCAGUCAAAGAUGCCCAGGAGCUGAGGCAGCUACAGAUCUGCUACCUGGUCAGGUACUGGCAGACCCAUUACCCUGAAGCCCUGCACCAGGAGCCCCAGCUGGAAGGAGUCAUAGGUCGGUUUUGGGCCACUGUAGCGCAGGAAGGCAGCGUGACGCAAAGGAGCCUAGGAGAUGGCUCCAGCCUCCUGAGUCCCGGAGGGCCCGGCCCCCCAGCUCUUGUGAGCAGCCCAGGCCUGGGCAAGAAGAGGAAGGUCUCCCUGCUCUUCGACCACCUGGAGACGGAGGAGCUGGCUCAGCACCUCACUUACCUGGAGUUCCGGUCCUUCCAGGCCAUCACGCCCCGAGACCUGCGGGGCUAUGUUUUGCAGGGCUCGGUGAGGGGUUGUCCCGCUCUGGAAGGGUCCGUGGGUCUGAGCAACAGCGUGUCCCGUUGGGUUCAGGUCAUGGUGCUGAGCCGCCCCGGGCCCGCACAGCGCGCCCAGGUACUGGACAAAUUCAUCCGCGUGGCACAGAGGCUUCACCAGCUGCAGAAUUUCAACACACUGAUGGCGGUCACGGGGGGCCUGUGUCACAGCGCCAUCUCCAGACUCAAGGACUCCCACGCCCACCUGAGCCCUGACAGCACUAAGGCCCUGCUGGAGCUGACGGAGCUCCUCUCCUCCCGCAACAACUACGCCUGCUACCGCCGCACCUGGGCCGGCUCUGCUGGCUUCCGGCUGCCCGUGCUGGGGGUCCACCUCAAGGACCUGGUGUCCCUGUAUGAGGCCCAUCCGGACAGGCUGCCGGAUGGCCGCCUGCACCUGCCCAAGCUGAAUAGCCUCUACCUGCGGCUGCAGGAGCUGGCAGCCCUGCAGGGGCAGCACCCGCCCUGCCGCGCCAACGAGGACCUGCUGCAUCUCCUGACGCUCUCCCUGGAUCUGUUCUACACCGAAGACGAGAUCUACGAGCUGUCUUAUGCCCGGGAACCUCGCUGUCCCAAGAGUCUGCCACCCUCUCCCUACAAAGCACCGCUGGUGGUGGAGUGGGCCCACGGUGUGACGCCAAAGCCAGACAGCGCGACCCUGGGUCGGCACGUGAAACAGCUGGUGGCGUCUGUGUUCAAGCACUACGACCCAGAAGGCCGCGGCACCAUCUCCCUGGAGGACUUCGAGCGACUGUCAGGCAACUUCCCCUUCGCCUGCCACGGGCUGCAUCCACCUCCCCGCCACGGGAGCGGCUCCUUCAGCAGGGAGGAGCUGAUGGAGUACCUGCUCCGCGCCAGCGCCAUCUGCUCCAAGCUGGGCCUGGGCUUCCUGCACGCCUUCCACGAGGUCACCUUCCGCAAGCCCACCUUCUGCCACAGCUGCAGUGGCUUCCUCUGGGGUGUCACCAAGCAAGGCUACCGAUGUCGGGACUGUGGGCUGUGUUGUCACCGACACUGCAGGGAUCAAGUGAGAGCGGAGUGUAAGAAGAGGCCAGAGACCAAGGGGGACAUGGGUCCCCCAGGAGCGCCUCCUGCCCGCUGUGGUUCUGAGGAAAAUCUCUCCUACACACUAGCCCUGGAUCCCGAGUCUGGUCACCGCCUCUGCCAUGCUUGGACCCAGACAGAGUCCUCGAACUCUUCCUGGGAUCCUGAGAUGGUGCUCUUCCCAGGACCAGUUUCACUGUCCAAAGCUCCCUCGAAGCCCAGUGACGGAACAGCAUCUUGACUCCUUUCCCUCACUCCCCUAAGGAUUGCCUCCUCUAUACCAACACUUGCCUCUGACAAGCACCCAUCUUCUUUCCCCUAGCAAAAGCUCUUUUGCCCUGACUGUCCCUCAUAUUCCUUCUCCUCUCCUCAGCGUCUGCGGCUCUGUGUUGGAUGUAUUUGGGCUCCAGUUGUGUCAUCCCCCCCAACUACCCACUUCCCAGAUAAGGCGAUAAAGCUUAGUAAGGUUAAGCCUCAAGGCCACGGUGUGGGAGGCAAGAUUCAUACCUGUUCUAAAACUGA